GCCCAACAAUAAACUGCUCGGCGUCUUGCUUCGCGGGCUCGCAGCCACGGUGAACGUCAGCGUCUUCCGCAACCGCCACUAUUUGAUCUUCUGGUGGUAUUACCAUGGCUGGAGUUUUACAGAAGUUCUUGGUUGCAUCUAUGUUCAUGUGGAUUCUUCCUAUUGGGGUACUGUAUGGAUUCAACAAUGAUUUGUUUCCAGGUGUGACGGCAUUGUCUCCGCAUUCUUUGACACUAUUGAGUGGAUUUCUGGCAGUGGUAUCGGUAAACAUAGUCAUUGCAUUCUACAUCUGUGUGGCCAUGAAGGAGCCUGCAGAUAAGCACAAGCCAGACGCUGCGUUUCUUGCCGAGGCAAAAGAUAGCGUUAACAAAUUGGCAUCAGGAACCACUGGUACCGACCCUUCACUCAAGAAACAAGAAUGACAGCUAGACAAUUGGUUUUAAAGGUUUGAACCUGCAUUUGGGAAGAGAAUGGAAAGAAGAGAAGAACUUUGUUAUGGUGGGUUGGAUCUUGGGCUCUCGAUAUGUAGAUUUUGGUAUCUUUGAGUGGGUUGAUCUUCUGUGACACUUGAGAUUUUGGCUGGUUGAGUACCUGGAGUGACAUGUCCACGUUGAACAGAGGACAGAGCUAAGAUCUCAAGACAAAGCAUAAACAUGCACUAGUGUCUAUCCUUUUGUUGUAAGCCGCUUCUCCUCAGAACAACAUGUGAAGGACUCUGUGAUGCAUAUAAACCCGAAUCUAUUUCUUUGAAUCAGUUUCUUUACUCGGAUGAAUCUUGAAGGGUUCGCCAAUAAUUUCAAUA